CUGCCGCCUAAUAAGAACAUAUUCAGUGUUGAUGUUUCGAGCGCACCAACUUCUCCGAAUCGUGAGCAGCGUCGUAUUCUAACACCUGACUCGUUCCCAGAUUUAUUCGAAGAAAAAAGCAUUACGAUCAUUUGUCCCGGUGGUGCUGCGCCAAAAUUACGAAUAAGUCGAAAUCUACAAGUGCUGAGGAUUCCCGACGGGUCGCUUGCACAGAAUAGGCUUGAUCCAGGCGAUUUUCUAUUGAAAGUAGAUGGAAAAGAAAUCGGAGACAAGAAACAGUUCUAUCGAAUGAUGCAAGACAUCGCGAAAGAUCCUGACUGUCAAGCUGUAAUUGUUAAAACAACAUCGAUCAUCAAACUGUUAUCACUUAAUGAUGACCAUGAAUUGAUCAAACCGUUUCGUUGA